AUGCCCGGUUUAAAAGCCGGUUUUGGAUCGUUGCGGGUUUACUCUCGCAGCGACCGGCACAUCGAUCGAGGCGCUAUGGCGGGGCAGACCUACAACCGAACUGUGACUCUUGUCAUGGCCAUCGCCCUUGGUGGAGCACUAGCGCCACCUCUGCUCAUCCACAAGCGUGCCACACUCUCUAAAGACACAAUUGCCGCUCCCAUCAGCCUGCCGGAAACGCUCGUGACGGACACAAAGCUACAGCACUUUGCCAGUUGUGCCAAUGAGACGGGCUGGAUCACUCGUCGUCUAUUCUUAGCAUUUUGUCGUCGACUUCGUGCCUUUACUGGACAUACCGAGCCUCUGUUGCUCAUUUCCGACGGCCAUCGAACGCGCAUCUCGGCCGAAGUUGUGGCAUACUUGCGCUCGAUCAACAUUUUUCUUUUUUUAAUUCCACCAUACACAAGUCAUUGUCUCUCCCCUAGUGAUCAAUGGCAUCAACAUGUUUCUCGUGAUCGCAUUCGCAAGUUGGUUGGUAUGACCUCCAUUGCUGCCGGUCGAGCUGCAACGGCUGCAGAAGAGUGCUGCGCUCUCUAUCACGCCAUUCACGAGCAGAGCAGUCAUCCUGACCGCAUUAUCGCAGCGUGGAAGGCGGCAGGCAUCACCCGAACGCGUUGGGGUUGGGAUUUGAUGUCCAACAAGCCACCUCCUGAGACCGUGGAUGAGAUACACCGAGCCCCUUCUCCUCCUCCAAUUACACCACAGACUCUGCCCCCGUCUGCGUCCCCUCCUGACUCCCUUGACCCCACGAGCACACCGCGCACGCUAUUACGUUGGGCCCAAAGGGCACACGACUACAUUCAAGCCGCUCAACCGGAUUUAAAGCGCCUUGACAAACUUGAACAUGAGAUCAUCGACAUAGCAGCACACCAGCAGCGCUUUAUUGACAAGUUGAGUCAAGCUGCCGCUGGAAGCCAGAGCAAACGGGCCAAGGUGGAGGGCAUUCACGGACUAUUAGUGCGUGACGAGCCACUACAGCGUCUGCGCCAGGUCAGCGACCGCGCAGCAGGUCAAGUUGACAAGGCCCAACGCCGUGCCACUCUCUGCGCUAGUCUAGAACAAAUACAGCAAGUACUGAACCUACCAGGCACCAGCAAAAGCAACCUUCAAGCAGCAUGCCGAGCAGAAGGCAUAUCCGUCACUGGAAAUAAACCAGAUCUUUUGAGGCGCCUCCAGUACAAAUUGGGCCUUCCGGCUUUUCCAACUGCUGCUAAAACCGAUGCCCCCGCGCCCUCGGCACCACCCACAACACCAGCGAUGCAGGAGAGCACAGCUGCGUCAGCUCAGGCUGCCUUGGACAGCGGUGCGAGGUUAGAGACUGUGGACAUUUGUCACACGGAAGCCUCAAACGCCCCCACUGCAAAUACAACAUGCCCUGCCCAAACCCUAGAUGGUUCAGAAGCGGCUUGUGGUGAUGUCAAUGCGUCUCUCGACCGCGCACAAGAUGACAGCAAGCCAGGUUACGGCAAAUUCCCAUCUUUCGAUUUUUGGAUUCGUGACUUACCUGACAGGGGCCUAUCAACUAUUCAGGAGCCAUCAUCGGAAACAUCUCGAGUUUACACACCUUUUUCCGAAAGUGAGCUGGAUUGCACUGAGCUUGAACAUAUCCUGCAGGCCUGCGAUCCUGCUACCCGAUUGUAUCGAGACACUGUCCUACCUACGCCUGGUCAAACCGGCUGUCAACCAGUUCGCAAUUGA